AGGCUUUGUAUUUGAUUCUGAAGAUUGAAUGAGCAAAAUUUGAAACCUGCAUGCAAUGUCUAUUGCAGGUGGGAGAGAUGGAUCUAAAAGUUUCAUGAAGAGGGUUACAUCAACUUUCUCCAUUAAGAAAAACCAGAACACAACAACAAAUGAUCCAAAACCACUUCUUCCGCGGUCCAGAUCAACUGGUGCUAGCUAUGAAUCCAAGAAGCUGCGUCAGGGGAAAAGGGCUCUUCCUGAUGUUACACCAAACACAAAGAGAACCAAAUCUGCUGGUGUUUCUCCUCAACCAAGACGUCAAAAGAUUGACGAAUCAAGGAAACAGUUCACCAAGCUGAGAUGUUUUGAUGACAGCGACUCCGUUUGGCUGUCUUCGGACUGCGCUUCUUCUAGCUCUCUUCUAGGCCGGGAACGCAGAGUCUCCGUCUCGUUUCACUUCUCGCUCGACGAAAAGGUUGUCUCUUGGUUGUCAAAUGCUGCUAAGAAUCAAGAAGACACCAUCUCUACCGAAGAUAAUCAUCAUCAGAGAAGUUCAAAGAAGGCAAAAUGUUCUUCAGAGAGCAACAACAAGACUUGUCUAAGUAAGUCAUGUGAAGAGUCAUUUGCAAGUCCUGAGUUGACUUUACAAGAAGAAAAGAAAGUUAGCUUCUCUUUAGAAUCAGAGAUGUCUUUGGAGGAAGCUGCAGAGAUUGGGGAUUCCGACAAGAGCAAGAUUGUUACCGAGCCUAUUUUCUGGCCGUUUGAGCAGAAGUUUGAUUGGACACCAGAUGAUAUACUGAAGCAUUUCUCCAUAUCUCCCCGGAGGAAAAAAUCAAUGGGAAAUAAAGGUGCUGGCACCUCACCAAGAUCAAUGAGGGCACAGCUUCAGACAAGAAAGCUGGUUCUCAAAGAAGGGUGUAAGAGAAAGCUCAUGUUCAAUGGUCCAGGAUCAAGUCCAAAACAAGCACGGACGAUCGGUAAUAAGAAAACCAAGAUCAGCAAGAACCAACAAGUACAACAACCCACCACGAAGAGUUUGAAGAGGAACAAUAGUUUACCCGCAAGUUUGAAGAGAAACUCCAGGGAGGAGGUACCUGUUCAAUCUUCUGAAGAGAGUGUAGAGAUAUGCAGAAAAACACCUAAGAAGCUUAUCAUGACCCGCAGGUCCAGGACUUUCAUAGAAGAUGACUUUGCUUUGAUGAAUGAUUUCUCUAUAGAAAAUGCGGUGGGACUUUGCGAGUUCAGGGGAAGAGAAGGCAUAGUAGAUUCAGACUUCAAUACUGAUGGUUUCUUGUUUGAAGAUUCUCUAUGAGAAAGCAAAAGGCUUACAACCCGA